GUCCACUGUGCACCCCUUUCACGGCGUCUGCUGUACGGUAAUUCUGCUGUACACGUACUGCAUGCAGGUGCAUCUACGCACUGGUGCCCUUCUAACCACAAAGCACUAGCUCUAUGGUACAUGUAAAUUAUUAACGCUCGAUAUUUUAGAUCAGACGAAAUUUCCCACAAGUUUCACUUGUAUCAAUUCCACUGUCGUCACCGGCGACUGUAACGUUGGAAACUGUGAAGUCACGAACUACUGGAAACUAGACUAGAUAUUGUUUAGGUUUGGAAAAAGACAACGAAAAUGAUUUGCAUACUCCUGGUGUUAUUGCUGAGUACCGUGGGAAAUUGCCAAACUGGAGACUACACAACAGUUGACGCUGCUUCAACAACGGCAGGGGUCGAUGGGUACACCGGCAAGGAUAAACUUGGAUGCAACGCCUCGAUGUCUGUGUCUGACAAGAGCGUUGAAGAGUUCCGUGGUCUUGUUGAUGACGGGGCAAUUUUCGUCUACUUGAAGCUAGUUUUCGUGGAUGCUGAGUUUGACGACCCCCUCUCUGCCUACUUGGAGGAUAUUGGCAAUGUCAUCAACCCGCUCCGUUGGGUGUGGGCCAAGGGAGGCAGGGGGAAACUGUUGCUCUCCUCCCCCUUCGACUUCAACCAGUUGUCGUUGACAACAUUGGGUACGGGUGUUUAUUCGAUUGGAGUCAAGAUCCAUGGCUGUGUGGACGCCGACAAUGACGAUGAACAGAACAUGAGAAUGAUUGCAUUGCUGUUACGAGACCUUAUAAAAGAUGAAGGCAAUAAAACGGAGGAGGAUAAUGACAACGAAAUGCUGCUGUGUCUCGAGAAGCAGCUGGGAAAAGGAGACUUUCCCUUGCCAGGAGUUCUGUACUUUCCUGGUUCAUCGUACAGCAUGAUGCAAGCAAGCUCCGCCUUUGAUUGUUGGCCUUAUGACUCGGACACCGUUGAGAGAGUAGCUCCCACCCAGUACUGGCUGGGAUGGAUCCUAGCCGGCGGUGUUAUCCUUGCCUUGUACUCCCCAAUGGCCUUGAGUUUCUUCGUUCAGAAGAACAAACCGGAAUGUGACAGUAAAGGGAUCGAAAGACUCAGUCUAGUAUCCGAUCUACCCCUGGGAUUGAAAUACGUCCUGUGUUUCUGGAGAAAUGACAAUUUCUGUUUCGCCUCUACCCGGUGGACAUUGUUCGUAACGAUCUUCGUGUUGCUCCAGUACAUUCCUGUUCUGGUAUCCUUCGUGACAGACAUGGAGGAUUUCAUGAAUAGAUCCAGUGCCUUUUACCGCGUCGGUCCAAUCAACGUCAUUGUGAGUAUCGUCUCCCAUGUACUCAUCAAUUUAGUCUUCAUCAUCGCGGCCAUCGUACUCAUGGAGAGGUUUUUGCGGCCUUCUGGGCAGUUGUUCAUGAAGCCGCUGCUCCAGGAGCGAGAGAGAAGCUCAAGCGUGGACAGCAACAACCCAAGCGACGGAGACGGAGCGGCAGCUGCAAACAGCGGUGGCAGUGACGGACAUGACACAACAAGCGGAGGAAGACAGGGAAGUACCGACUCUGCCCAAGGCGCUAAUGUGGAGGUGGAAGAGUCCAACAUAGCUUACCGACACAUCGUUAUGGUGGAAGCUCCCCCACACCUCUGGCCUCCAAGCACUUCACUGGACAGCUACCAAGCCUUUUUUUAUUACAUGGGUUGGAGGGCAAAAAUGGGCCUCGACACAAAGGCUUGGCGGUUUGUGCUUGUCGACUGGCUGUGGGAGCGCGUAGGAGCUCCUGAUCCCGGGCACACGGUACGCACUUUCCUCUGCGUUGUCAUCUUCGCCUUGCUGUACCUCCUGUAUCUUCCGUUUGCUCUUAUCUUCUUUGCCUUCAAUUCGCUACCUUUGCUUUACUGCAUGACGAGAUGUCUUCAGACUGUGCUCAGUAAUGACGUCAAACCCACAGAGUUGAUGUUUGCGUUUCUAAUUUCUCUCGCAUCUAUCGCCUGGUUCUUCAAGUUUGUCGCAACAUUCGUCUACGUUGCGGAGCUUCUCGGAUAUUCCUUCAUGGGGUUUGUCGUCAAUGCUGAAGCGGUGGGGUCCAUCGUUCUCGUCAUCGUGAUCUUCAUCGGAUACGUGGUCACGGCCAUCACUGGGUUCUAUGAUGGGUACUGCGUGCUUUUCAGCAAUGUGAUGAAAAUUGCCGAAGAGGCACAAAGGGAGAAAAAGGAAGCCCAGCCAGCCACAGCAGCCGCUACUGCACGACAGGACGGGAGUACUGGCGCGGUCCGAAGAGCCCCAAGUAGUCAGUCUCCAUCCUCAGGCUCUGGGGGAACUGAAAUGCCAAUGACAGUGAUCGACGACCAUGGCAGAGAUCCAGCUGCGCCUUUAGGCAGUGCGGACAUCGUGCAGGCAUCACCGGGAGGCGGCACCUCUAGGCCCCUGGACACCCCGCUCAUUGCAGUCAACGCCAGAGGCAUCCCGUCUCUUGAGCUGCGUCUCUUCUGGUUGAUCGUGGACAAGCACCGACCGAUCCGGCUGCAGGUGGGCUCCACCAUAUUCCAACUGCUGGUGAUCGGAGUCGGUAUUGGCUUCGGGAUGUCCAUUCUGGCCAUCGCUAACUCCUUGAGUCAACUGUCCACCACCGUCAGCCUCUUCUCCUCGGUGAUUAUCGCUGGUGUAGUACCGACGGUGCUCUUAGCGGUCAGGUCCCCUGCCUCCCAGGAUUGCUACAACCAGGCCAAGGAGAGACAGAUAAAAGCAGACAUAGUACACUACGCACAAAAAGGUGAACUUAAAGAUGCAGCAGCAUGAGAAUCUUGUUAGAGAUAUCAAUUUGUUUCACUCAAGCUUUAAAAAGUAACGUUGACUCUUCACUGUAUGCGGAAAUCGCACUCCGUUUUUUGUUUGCUUUAAAUAGCUGAAGUGCCAUGCCACUGUUUUUAUAAAAUAUCUAACAAAAUUAGUUUAGCCAAGAUAAUUAAUGUUUGUCACUAGUUGUAUUUGUAAAGGGAAAGGGUAAUAGCGUAUGGCAAUUGCCAAUUAUUGUACCACUGCUUCCGUUUUGUUGGGCAAUUUUAUUGAAUUUGGUUAGCUUCUGAUAAUGUUUAAAAAAUCAAAACGCCAUUUGCAUGUUCUAUUAUGCCUGCUUACAUACUUCUGUCUUUAAACCAUCAUCUAAUUUCACACAAGACAUUUUACAGAAAAAAAUACGUUACAUCAAGCUAGGAAUACACUAGGGCCUACAUAUAUUAAAUUGAAGGUGAAUUACCGUGAAAAUGAAUUACUUUGUACAAAUUAUAAUUAAAAAAAAAAUGUGUGGUACGGUGAAUCGGGAAUUGUUAGGGGUAGAGACGUAAGAGAGUUUUAAGUAGUCAAAAAACUGAACAUGUACUUACGAAAAAUCGUGGUGUGUGGUGUUUUUUUUUAAUUGUUGUAGAAUAGAAAAGGGAUAGAAAGAUUAACCAUGCAUGCACUUAGAAAUGAAGUGUUUUCUCAAGAUGAAAAUAUUUUUUAUUCAAGAAAAUUAAUUCAGCGUUUUCGUAGUUCUGACGUCGCUUGUAAUUCUAUGUUGUGCAUAACAUGCAGUACGUCAAUUUUGAUUUUGAGUUAUACAUGUACAUAUGUAUAUACAAUUCACUUCACGUACAUGCAUUUCACUGAAAAUGGAUAGCACAGUCACGAUUGUUAUUUCAAGGGUAAACACAUGUACCUGACGCCUUGGCUAAUACGACCGAGACUUUUUUGGAGUCUAGUGCAUUUGACGUUGUUCCUGAACGAACUCGAAACACUGUUAUUGUUUAAUCUCAAGUUGUGCACGCAUAUUUAAGAUGAACGGCCUAAAACGUCUUAGCCGGAAUGUUAAUCCAGCCGGACUCCUUUCAAGACUAUUUCCAAAUUUACACAGACCAGUACUUUUUAAAAGUUAUAUGUUUGAAUAAUUAGUCUUUUUCUUUAUAACAUGAAAAAGAGACUUCCGAUAUGCACGAGUUGUCAAUGGUUGUCGGUGGAAAAUGAAAGGGAAAAUAUGUUGUAAUACUUUUUAAUAUUUAGUAAAUACUAUGCAAUUAAGGGCGAGGCAAACCCCAGUGUGACUCACUGUGACUCACAGUACUGUAUUCUGAUUUACACGUAUUCAAAUGUAUAAAGUACCUUUUGUCUCGCCUGAACUUUGUUCAGUCAAUUUAGAGACUAUUAUGCAAUCACUAUGUCUGUAUGUACGUAUGUACAUGUUUAUAUUAUACAUGUAUAUGUGGUAUGUUGGUUAAAAUUUCGUAAAAUUGGUCUCAUUUCAAAAAGGUGAAGUCCAAUUGGAACCAAACUUGGGUCAUAGAGGCAACAGGCGAGACACAUGGUUCGAGAACCAUCUUGUAUUCGAACAUUAUUAGUGUACUGUACAUGUACAGGUACUAACAAUAAUACACAAAUUAAUGAAUGGUUACGAGUGCAAUGGUAAAAAUAAUUUCAUGAGGUGACAUUGCUCAUUGCUUUAAUCCUUUUUUUUUUCAGAUAAAAUAAAUAGAGCAGGUAAAAUUAUGGGUACAUGUAUUUCAAUACUGAUUGUUUGUGUGAUGAAAUUUCCAUCUGGCAAUGGAAGUUCUAUGUGACAUAGUGAUUGCAUAAUACAUGUAGUCUCUAAAUUUCCUGAACAAAGUUCAGACGAGACAGAAAUAACUUUGUACAUUUGAAUACGUGUAAAUCAGAAUACAGUACUGUGUCAACUCAGAGGUGACAGAUGGAAUGUUUUUGCCGAGUGGAAUUGAACAUUCCAUCUGUCACCGAAUGAAAUUAGUCUUUCCAUUGCACGAAUGUGAUAAAUCCUAGUAAUCUGAUCGGUAACUUUGUAAACUGGUAUUCUACUAUGUAUCUGAGUUAUCAGAGCUGAUAGUCUUACCGUGCAACGGAAGUUCUAUUUACCGUGGAAUAGAAUUCUAUUUUUGCGGUGCAGCCGGACAAACAAUUCAAUGACACGGGAUCAAGGACCGACCAAUCAGACGACUGGGAUUUAUUCAGGCGUUGUAUAAAGUACAUUGUAGUUUCUGUGAUGGAUACAAUACAAAUCAAGUAAAUUGUAUACAGCUGCCACAAUGUGCCACAGUUGCUGAAGUUUCGAAACUAUUACAUGUAUAUAAAAAGAAACAAGGAAGAAGUGUUUAAAACAUCGUAGCACUGGUGAAAAGGUUCACCAAAUUGUCGCUGACAGCAAAAUGUGUUUAUUAGAGGGAAUGGAAAUUAUCGUUUGUUUGGAAAUUCAUUAUGAACAAGAUUCGAAGAUUGAUCAUUCGAGCGAAGUUGGCGGUGUUCUGCAUACUUCCAAGGCAAAAAGCAUUUUGUUUUGCGAGAUACUGGCGUAACGUGCAUGUGUAAAUGCUUUAGUGCUUUAGGAUUAAUCCUGAUACCAAUUACAACAAGGCUGAACCUCCAAAGGCCGUGUGAGAUUUGUAUAUACUUUGGUAACUUUACUUUUGUAUCUUGUGUAGUAUUUUAGUAGCUUUGUAUUGGAGUUGCAGUAUUAAAACGUUUGGGUUUUUU